AUGACAAUCACCUACAGCUGCAUUGCUAACGGCCGAGCGAUCCUAGCGGAUCUGGCUUUGACAGGCGGCUCCUAUCAGGAAACAGCAGCAACAGUGCUUAGACUAGUGCUACUUAGAGCUGAACCAAAGACCACAAUUCAAAUGGGAAGCUUUGUCUAUCAUAGUCUCUUUAUUGAUGGAAUCAUUUACCUAUGUGCCUCAGACAAUGCAUUGGAUAGUGUAACACCAUCUGCAUUUCUUAAAAAUGUUAGCGAUAUUUUUCUGAGAAAUCCUUUGAUGUCACAAGAACAUUUUUCUCCUUCAAAUGCAGUUGCUGCUGAUUUUCAGCAAGUAUUAGGGAAGUAUAUGUUGAAAUACAAUAAAAAUCAAGAUGACAGCUCAAUAUCCACACUGAGGAGUCAAGUAACUGAUGUAAAAAUUGUUAUGACCCAGAAUAUUGAUAAAAUAUUGGAAAGCGAAGAAAAAUUGAAUAUCUUCACUGACAGAACAAAUGAUCUCCAAAUAACUGCCAAAGAUUCCCAAAAAACAAGAAAGAUUCUUAGGAGGAUAUGGUGGAAACACUUCAAAAAGAUUAUAAUCAUCAGUGUGGCAAUUCUCCUUUCAAUCAUCAUCAUUCUUUUAAGUACAAAUAUAAUACCAACUUAA